CAGCAGCAGCAGUGGUGUGGCUAGGCUCGCUAGCUUGUCUUCACAUUCUCACAUUCUCGGGGCUCCGCAGAACCAGGUUGUUCUACUUUCCUUCAUCGUGCGACAUCAGCAACCCCGAGGGCUUUCUGCGCCAUGGCGGACUCGACCGAGCAAGGAACGGACGACAAGGUUGUGGCUGGACCUGCCAAGUUGGCCGGCUCCAACCCAACCGCCGUAGAGGGGCGAGCCCCCGCAAGGACGACCGCGGACGAGCGUGUCGCCACCCAACCGCGUGAGGAGAAGGGAGGCGUCGAGAAACAGGCGUCAGAGGGCAAGGGCGACAAGAGCUGCUCGAAGCUGCCCGACGAGAGACGCUUGUGGAAGUUCUUGGAGGGAGUCAAGGGUUGGAGGUUUACGGGUAGCGGAUGGACAGUGUGCGGGCCCGAAGGCGGCGGUGGUGGUGACAGUGGGAGUUCCAUGGAGGCCGCCGAGCUCCCGCAGUACGUGGUCUCUCACCCAAGCCUACUGGCCGAGUACAAGGAGUGGCAGCAACGCCAGGCCGAUGGACAUGAACAGGAGAAGCCGCAAGAGUCUACCAGGCCCGAAGAAAAGCGGCAGGACAAGGGAGCGGCAGCGGUAGUGGAGAAGGGCAAUCAAACCCUUCCCUCCGAAGAUCGGGAGCAAGCGCAAGAGGCUGGAGCACCUCCCACUCCCGCUGACAAGCCUUGUUCAGUUGUAGACAAAUCCCGCACGGUGAAGGGCAGCACCGUGAUCGGAAUUUCUCCCGAGGCGACGGCUGCGGAAAAGCCGGCUGGGGUGGUAGACCCAGCGCACACGACUAAGGGUAGCACCCAGACCUCCUCCUCUCAAGGAAACGCUUCUCCUGAGGCACCGGCUGCGGGGGAGAAGCCUGCUACGGCGGCAGACGUAGCCCGCACGGUGGAAGGUAGCACGGAGACUUCUUCUCAAGGGUGCGUUUCCCCUGCGGAAAAGCCUGCUCGGUCAUGUGCCGCCGAACUCUCUCCGGCUGCCGCUGGUGCUGCCACUGCUGCUGCUGCUGCUGCUCUCGCUGCUGCACCUGCUACUGCUGCUGCCGCGGCUGCCGCGCAGAGGGGGGCGUCGACGACUGCCACCGUCACGCAGUGCUCGUCGCCCCCGAAGCCUUCGGGAUCGGUCCCUCAGGGGGACAUCAAAGGUUCCGAGGAGGGGUACAUGGUGGGGCCGGACAACAUCAAAGAAACUCCGCACCAGGGGGCGGCCAUGGAGGUAGAAGUUGAGGCCGGGGUGGAGGAAGUCGAGGUGACGGUGGAAGGCAAGGGAGAGGCCCAAGAGGCACCGUACGUGAACAUGGAGGUGGACGGUGAGGCCGGACUGAAGGCGGCGCAGGGAGAGAAGGCCGUGGGUGGUGACGUAGGACAGCGGGGAGGUGCCUCUGAAAAGCGGAGUGGUGAUGCGGUGGGGCCUGCUGGGGCCGGAGCAGCAGCAGCACCCGGCGACGUCGCGGGAGCCGGCGGCGGUGGUGCUGGGGCCGCUCCGAAGGGCAAGGCGAAGGGGGACGGGAAGGAGGGGACCGCGUUUGGACCGUGCAUGUGCCCGCAAGGGUCAGACGGUGUUCACAAGACGGUAGACGUGGAGCGCCGGUGCUGGCCCGGCAGCAACAAACCCGGCGGGAUCGGCCGCAUCACGAAGAAGUACACCGUCGAGGAGGAGGUGUGCGGCGAAAUGGUUCAGAUGUCGUACUUUGAUAUCAAGUACCUCUUAGGAGGAAGCGAGAAGAAGGUGCAGGAGACCUACAUCUCGUGCACCCCGCUGGAGAUCGCCGCCAGGCAGUCGACUCCUCGCGACAGGUUCACCGUCGAGGUGCCCGAGCCAACGACACGCCGCCAGAAGCCGGCUCGGACACCUCCGCCGCCAGCACCGACACGGAUGAGCCCCCUGGCAUCAAGCUUAGAUGCGAAUACUUCUUUGUCACCCCCGAAGGCGAAGGCUAAAGGCAGCCGUAGCCUCAAGAAGGUGUCGCCGGCGGUGAAGCGCUCAAAGCCAAUGCCAGCGGCGGCGGCGGCGGUGGCGGGCGGGCGGGAGGGCAAGGGACCCCGCAAGAGGGCCAGGACUGCGGACGGGGGCGAGAGGGCUUGUAAGAAGGCGUCGUCGCAGUCUGAGUGCAAAGAGAACCAGGAGGUGCACCGCGAACGGGAGGUGCCGGCACGAAGCGAGGAGCCGACGCGGCACGCCAUCACCGACCUGUCCGUGGUCGUUGAAGCCACGAAGACACCGAGCGCGCCGCUUUCCGCAGGGCGGAUGGAUGCCUUUCAGUUGGCGUUGGGAGCGCUCUUCCGCCAAAGCGCUACGGACACGAUAUCUUUGGCGAAAGUGCACGCCGACAUCAACGCUCAGGUUGUCCAUGGCACGUCACCCUUCAACGACAACGAGGUGACUCUCAGCCUCAAGUAUCUCGAGGACGUGGAGUCAAAGGUCAUGCUUGACAGCGGCAUGCUUUACCGCAUCUGAUCGGCGUGCCGCCUCGACCGCUACCCCAAGGGCGUGAGGUGCCUAAGGUGGUGCUCGGCGACGGCAUGCUCGGUCAGGAGGCUCGCGGCAUUCUCUACCGCGCGAUAGUUGGGCGGUCCGUGACGGGCUAUGAUCUCAAGAUUGAUCCACUGUUGGUGGCGUACCCCACGUAGCCCCUCAUUGUUGGGCUCGGUGGGAGCCUGACCAACGGCUCGCGAUACCACAAGCGUUGGCAGAUACCGCUGUACAUGUGCCACUUUCUGUGGAGGCCCAUUCCGCGGACCGAUCCUGAAGUGGUGCACGCCGUUCUGGGGCCGAUUCUGAUACAUGUACGCGGCUUAUGAGGGAGGGAGGGAGGGGCCUGGUUUCAGGGUGUGGGUGCGUGUCUGCACUUUUAUCUGUCGCGCGCAGGCAUUGUUGUUUAAAGCACGAAGGUCGAGCUUGCAGUUUGCGGUUUUUUGGUGCCUGCUGUGAUGUGUCGACUCUCUUUUGGCGACCUGGUGUCACCGUUCCUCUAUGGGUGCUGUAUUUUGAACGUAGUAAGGGUCGAGUAGAAAAGCAGAGUGCCUUGACUCUUUUACAGGCGUGCAGUCUCACAGUUUUUUCCCAAAGACCUUUGCGCUGUUGAGUUUUGUGAUUCCGAAUUCUUGGAGAUAUCAGUGCCAUCACAAACGUCAGCCUUGCUUGGUCUUUGGCUGUUUACGUACAAGCGGUUGCUGCGGCUCCUCUGUUCACAUUUGCGUACCAUGGUCUCGUUUUUUUCACGUGAAGCGGUUGCUGCCCAUCACGCACACGUCCAGUCAGCUCUUGUGUUUUGUGACGUUGUCAGCAGGAGGGAUGUCCCGGACCUUGCUGGUGGGUGUUUGGUGGAGGGGGGCGUUUGGAACGCGCGCGUUUGUUCUCGGCUCUCUUGUUUCUUGUUGCGGUCGUGAUUGGCGGCAGUACAGUAAUCGAACUUCCUUUGCUUAUCGUGGUCGGUUUUGAAGGGUUGUUUUUGCCUUGUUGCCACGGAUGGUGGCAUGGAGCAACACAUGCCGCCGCCCCCUGGAUUUCCACUGUGUGUGUGCAGUAGAUCCUGACUGGUGUUGGACACUAUCAGGCGGCGGUGCAUAGCGGUACACCUGGGCAAUGGGGGGGCAUAAACUGAAUUAUCGUAGUGCAGGGGGCAGGAGAAGUGGGGGGGGUGCCAUCGACUUGGAGUCCAAGGUGUCCCGCGUACCGUGUUCCACAUACCGUGUUCCACUACCGAACGCGUAGAGGCGUAUCCGCAGCUCUCUUUUGUGUUUUCAGGUUGAGGAAUUGGUCUCAUUUGAUAUCUCUUGGGGUGGCGUGGAGUAUGAUGCAUGUAUGUGAUGUCGGAGGUGGCAUCGCGCCGUAUGAAGUGAGUUUCUGUCGUGGGUCACCGCUGGCACAUGGUACAAUAGUACAGCGAUACCAUGAGAAUACAAAGCACGCGCAUUCGUGCGUCGGGGCUAGCAUGCUGUCUAGGCUUCGUUUUAGUGCUAGGUUGUUUGCUGUUUGUAGGUGAGAAUGGGGCUUGAUAGCGCAAUGGCAUUGCGUGAUGGCCGCUCAAACGCCAUCCGUAUUUUGUGGGUUGGGUCUCGGCUGUGUGUUGAAUGUUUGCUUUUCUAUGUUGCGUCGGGCUCCGAAGCUCCAUGUGUGUGCUAUCGUGUUGCCGCGGAAUGAUGGCCUGGUGUUCGUGCUAUCGUACGAUGGUGAGAGAAAAGCGAAGGGAGCUACUACACGUAGCACAAGAAAGUUGCUUUACGGAAAGAAACGUAGGUCCAAUGAUGGUCUGAUGUCUCCUUUGCCCAGAAAAAAUUCGUGUAAUAGUGCUGAGAGUGGUGCCACAGAGAUUGAAAAAUGCGGCCCAAGGGCGGAAGACGGACUGGCACGUAGUGUAGGGGGCUGGGUUUACGCGUGGACUGAAACACAAGAGUACUAACAUAGACUUGAUAUUGGUGUUUAAGAAUGUUCAAGGUUGAUAUCCUUCACCAUCAUUGCUCGUUUUGCAUGCACCCCGGGCGAAGGCCAAAGCGUCAACCACAUUUGCGUGUGGUACAACAACAGCCGU